AUGUUCACACAUUAUCAUUUCGGUGCGGCGGACACUCACUUCGAGGACAACGGGAACCACAGGAGAAACAACAACUGGAAAUACGACUUGCUAUGUGAUAACGAAUUAUUACGAAUUGAUCCUUCACAUGAUAAAUUCGUGAAUCAAGUUGAGAUAAGUGUAUUGGCUAAAGGUUUGGACUUUGUUAUAACACCUAAUCGAAUACCUUAUGAGAAUAUAAUCUGUUGUAUCGAAGAAGCGAUAAAACAAAAUAAAAUACCGAUUUACUAUGCAGAAGCAAUAAGACAUGACGUCGCGACUAUACUGUGCGAAUCAAAACUUCCACCCAGCAAUAUUACAAAAAAAGAAAGACUAGCAUUGAAAGCUAUCCAAAAUAACGAAGACAUUAUAGUACUUCAAUCCUACAAAGAAAACGUGAUUGUGGUCAUUAACAAAUCUGACUACAUUAACCAAAUUAAACAUUUGUUGAAUAAUGAGAAAUUGUACAAGCCUAUGUCAUACAAUACUAAAGCCCAAACGCACCAUUUACAGACGGUUUCAGACGGUACUAAUGGCGAGUUUGAGAAAUUAUAUAAACCGGCACCACAAAAGCCACCUGUACUAUAUGGUUCGCCUAUAAUGCGUGAGGAUAAAGUGCUAUUGCAGCCCAUUGUACGCCAAAUUAAUUCCCCAAAUUAUAAUCUUGCUAGACACAUGGCGCAGGUUUUACAGCCAUUGGUCGAGCAAUCAGCAAACUUUGUGAAGGAUUCAAGACAUUUUGUAGAGAUAAUCAAAGACAUCAAAUUGGAACCUAAUGAUAUCAUGGUAAAUUUGAAUGUGCAGGCACUUUUUUCUAAUAUUUCUAUAAUGGAAUGUUUAAAUAUAGUGCAAAAUAAACUGGAAAGCAACAGAAUGUCGUCAAACUAUAUGCAAUUACUCAGAAACCUUUUAACCGGCAAUUGCUUUCUUUUCCAAGACAAGUGUUACCUUCAGAUUGAUGGAUUAACAAUGGGUAACCCUGUCACUCCUAUAUUGGCUAAUCUUUGGAUGGAAUACUUUGAGGCGAAGGUCUUACGUCAAGAUCCGAAUAUCAUCAAAGUGUGGAAACGAAACGUUGAUGAAAUCUUCUGUAUCUUCACUGGGAGUCAACAGGAUAUUGAACGAUAUAUUAUGAACCUAAACUCCAUUAAUGCAAAUAUGAAAUUUACAUAUAAAAUGGAAACAGAUAGAACUUUGGCAUUCCUGGGUAUCGAACUAUCGGUGCGAGCAGAUGGAACUUUGUCACAUGGCGUUUACUGGAAAUCUACAGCUGCAGGCAGAUUCCCAAAUGCAACAUCGCAUCAUCACCCCCGCCUCUUACAAUCUAAAAUCACAUCAUUAAAAACCAGAUUACACGACCUCUGUGACUCUGAACAUUUGGAACAAGAAUUGGACAACUUGUAUAAGGUGCUGCCCAAAAAUGGAUAUCAAAUGAAUGGGCGUUUUAAACAACUAAAGAAAUGUGGACAACCUCAGGGAAAAAGACAACCAAUUUACUUGCCUUACAUUCAGGGAGUGACUGAUAAGAUCGGGUCGCUCUUAGUAAGGAAAUACUCGAUACCUACAAUAUAUCAACGGGGAACAACAAUCAAACAAUUAGUAAGCAAACCAAAGAACGACUUACGGUUACAAAAACCGGGCAUCUACAAAAUAAAAUGUAGCUGUGGAAUGUACUACAUAGGUCGAACGGGACGACCCAUAGCUACAAGAUUCAAAGAACACAAAGUAGCUUUAAAAAAUAAAGAAAUUAAAAAGUCAGCUAUAGCCGAACACGUACUUGAUUCAGGCCCUGGUCACUCGAUAGAAGAUCGUGUAGAAGUUAUCUCUAAUGAUCCCUGUGAUCAUUCAAGAAUUGUACGAGAAACAAUUGAAAUCAGGAAACAUAAUCCGUUUACAUUCAAUCGGGUAGUUGGAUUUAAAUUAUCAGGCAAAUGGGACCGAGUGAUUGAGAAAAUAAGCCUUAAGAAGAUUAAAAAUAUGGACACUAAUAGUCUAGAAUAUAAAGGUACACAGCCUGUACGGCAGCGGCGCGCACUCGAGUCCCUGGAAAACAAACUAUUUUAA